GUAUCCAUUCAUUCUCAUCCUCUACAAAGAUUUUAGCUUCUACCCUGUUUAUAUCUUCUCGCUUUUACAUAUUCUACCAACAUGCGUUUCUCCCUGAUCACCGUUCUCUCGCUCGCCGGUGCCGGCAUGGUGUCCGCUCGUCCGUCCGAGGGCUCUAUGCUUGCCAAGCGCGAUUCCCCUGAUACCAAGGUUCAGGAAGCCAACGCUGCUCUGGCUGGUAAGAAGUUCGAGAAUGAGUCUGAGGUCUCGGAAUGUAUCGCACCCCUGCUGUGCUGCAGUUCCCUCACUACUCCUCUGGAUCACAUCGUGGACCCUAUCCUGAAGGAGCUCGGUGUUGAUGCCGCCAAGAUUGUCGGAUCCAUUGGUCUUCUGUGCGACCCAUAUGUCCCUGGUACUUGUGACUCGGCUCCCCAGUGCUGUACUGAAGCCAACCUGCUGGGCGGCACUGUUGCUCUUGGUUGCUCUGCUCUCAAGGAGUAGAUCUAAUCCGUCUGGGCUGCUCGACUACUGAACUGUGUAUGCGGGGGUGGAAGGCGAUACUAUCUUUCUGCAGAUGAUGUACAUUCAUUUCAAGAACAAUUUAAUUUCUAGUCAUCCAUUACUUCUAGUCAAAGUGAUAAUGAUAAUUUCAGGAGCACGAGAAA